UCAGGGACUCGGUGAUCACAUAGAUCAGUCUCUACAGAAACAUUUCGGAAUCCCUCCCCUGUGAGUAGCGGUGGAAAACAUUGCUUAGACAGAGCCAACGUUUGCGAUGGCUGCGAUCUUAGCUCGCAAAUCCCUUCUUGCUCUUCGUGCUCGUCAGUUUGCCAUCUCUGGGCAAGCAUUGCAAGGUUCUCCGUUUCAUGGUCUCCGGUCAAGUGCACACUUGUACAGUACCAAAAGAGAGGAUGAAGAAAGAGAGCAGCUUGCCAAGGAGAUGUCGAAGGACUGGAAUUCUAUUUUUGAGCGUAGCAUAAACACUCUAUUUCUCACUGAAAUGGUACGGGGUCUGAUGCUGACUCUUAAAUACUUCUUUGAGAAAAAAGUCACUAUCAAUUACCCAUUUGAGAAAGGCCCACUAAGUCCUCGCUUUCGAGGUGAGCAUGCCCUCCGACGAUAUGCAACUGGAGAAGAACGAUGCAUUGCAUGCAAACUUUGUGAAGCUAUUUGCCCUGCCCAAGCAAUCACAAUUGAAGCCGAGGAACGAGAAGAUGGUAGUCGUAGGACCACAAGGUAUGACAUUGACAUGACCAAAUGCAUCUACUGUGGAUUCUGUCAAGAGGCAUGCCCUGUUGACGCCAUUGUCGAAGGUCCCAACUUCGAGUUUGCCACAGAGACUCACGAGGAGCUUCUCUAUGACAAAGAAAAGUUACUUGAGAACGGAGACCGCUGGGAGACUGAGAUUGCAGAGAACCUUAGAUCUGAAAGCCUCUAUCGCUGAUACAUUUGCCAAUGGUGCACUCUGCAUUUAACUUUUCUUUAGUGGCAUUCAUAAUAAGAUAAACCUGAGCAUGCUGUUGAAAUUAUUUUGUGUUCUUGGUAUACAUGAGUUGAGAACAUAGUUCUUGCUUCUUACUACGGCCCAAGUCUGGGAUUUUUCUGAUAUCUUUUGUUUUUCUUCCCAAUAAAAAUGGGAAUGGUAUGGUUUCUCAUGGAACAGUCGUAAUGUAGGUAAUAUUUGAACAAUGUCAUCAAUAUCUCAUCAAUGUUCUUCCAGAAAGC